AUGGAUGGUCCCCAAGAGCCGUCCGGCUCCGUCCUGCCCCCCGGGAGCCCGCUCGGAGGGCCGGGGCGGCGGCUGCUGCUGCUGCUGCUGCUCCUGCUGUCGCUGUCCGUCAGCCCGGAGGCGAGCCAAACUUUCCUGGAAGAAGUCGAUGAGAAGUGCAUGGGAAAGGCCGACGAAGCGGACGACGACAGAGUCGACUCCGGCUGGAACAAUAGUUGGGUCCUGGCCCUCAAGGCUCACCAUGAAGGAGACGUCACCCUCAUCCUCAACAGCCUCCUGCGGGACUACGACAGCAAGCUUCGCCCGGACAUCGGGGUCAGACCCACGGUGAUCGAAACGGACGUGUAUGUGAACAGCAUCGGCCCUGUGGAUCCGAUCAAUAUGGAAUACUCCAUCGACAUCAUCUUCGGCCAGACGUGGUUUGACCGCCGCCUACGGUUCCCAGGCUCCUCGAAGGUCCUGAUGCUCAACAGCAAUGUGGUCGGGAAGAUCUGGGUUCCGGACACCUUCUUUCGCAACGCCAGAAAGUCAGAUGCUCACUGGGUCACGACCCCCAACCGCUUGCUUCGGAUCCGGGGCGACGGGCGCGUUCUCUAUACACUCAGGUUGACCAUCGCCGCAGAAUGCUACCUCCAGCUCCGCAACUUUCCUAUGGACGAACAUUCCUGCCCGCUGGAGUUCUCCAGCUAUGGAUACCCCCAAAAUGAAAUUGAAUACAAAUGGAAGCAAACCUCUGUAGAAGUCGCAGAUCCUAAAUACUGGAGACUGAAUCAGUUUGCGUUCGUAGGGCUCAGAAACUCCACUGAAAUCUGGCGCACUCAAUCUGGAGAUUACGUUGUCAUGACCAUCUUUUUUGAUCUGAGCAGAAGGAUGGGUUUUUUUGCUAUUCAGACAUAUAUCCCCUGCAUCCUGACGGUUGUUCUUUCAUGGGUGUCUUUCUGGAUAAACAAAGAUGCGGUGCCUGCGAGGACAUCACUAGGUAUAACCACGGUGCUGACCAUGACCACGCUAAGCACGAUAGCCCGCAAGUCCCUACCCAAAGUGUCCUACACGACGGCGAUGGACCUCUUUGUCUCCGUCUGUUUCAUCUUCGUCUUCGCGGCCCUUGUGGAGUUCGGGGCCCUGCACUAUUUCAGCGGCGGCCGGGCGGGGAAGCGUCCCAAGUUAAGGCACAAAGGAAAGAAAUCCCGUGCGCGGGCGACAGCCCGGCUCCUGGAGUCGACCACAUCCAUUUCCCUGAGCGGUGCUCCCCCUGCCCCUGGGGCUGGCUCUGGACAUCCAUGUCUGGAGGGCAAGGACUGCAUCAGCUUCUUCUGCUGUUUCGAAGACUGUCGGACGGGGUCUUGGAGAGAAGGGAGGCUGCACCUCCGUGUGACCCAGAUCGACUCUUAUGCACGCAUCUUCUUCCCCACCGCCUUCGUCCUGUUCAAUCUUGUCUACUGGAUUGGGUACCUUUACCUCUGACCGCGCUGCCCGGAGAGCCGGUGCAGGCAUCCCCGUGACCCAGGCAAUCGUGGUGCAGAGCCAGUGGAGUCACAGCCAGGGUCCCCUCGGAUUCUAGAGCCUCUAGAAUGUAAGCUCCACUCCUUGCAGGCUGGCUCUGGGAUGGCGGUGGACACUGCAUGUGCUGCCGGGCAUUGGCCCAAAUGCCCGGGAGAGAAACGCUGAGGUGCAAGGCCCAUUCCUUGCCUGCAAGAGCUUCUGCUCUCCUGGGGAGUUGGAAUCCCAAGCUAUUGCACUGUGCUCUGCCGGAGCCUGCUGGUAAAGUACCCUGCAAUGUCCAGGCUGCUUGCUGCCCAGUGCCCCACCAUGGCCUGCGGAAGGAUGGACAAGACUUCUAAUGGAGUUCAAGGAGAGGUCAUUGAGCUGAAUUCUGACCAUAAGAGCCAAGGGAAGAGGUAUUAUUCUUGCCCUUCCCACUGCAGUCAACCCAGUGGCCCAAACCCCUCCAAUGUGGUCACACCCACACUCACCAUUUUGGUGACCGUCCUGGGGGGUGGCCAGUCCUUCCUGCAUCCAGCCUCUGGGGAAAACCUGUCUGCGGAUCUGUUUUCCCUCUGCCCCUGGAAGUCCCAGGUCCACCCUCCACAACCGCCUCACAGAAUGUCAGCCCAGUUCAUCCACGUGUCUGGUCAAGACACUUAACUUCCCUGUGCCUCAAUUAC